AUGCCCUCUCGAUUGUCAAAGAACAGGAAGCUCAGGGGUCACGUCUCUGGCGGUCACGGACGUAUCGGUAAGCACCGUAAGCAUCCAGGUGGUCGUGGUCUCGCCGGUGGUCAGCACCACCACCGAACCAACUUCGACAAGUACCACCCUGGUUACUUCGGAAAGGUCGGUAUGCGUCACUUCCACUUGACCCGCAACUCCUACUACCGACCCGUCGUCAACAUCGACAAGCUCUGGUCGCUGGUGUCUGCUGAGAACAAGGAGGCUGCCACUGGUGACGCCGUGCCCGUCAUCGACACCCUCGCCGCCGGUUACGGAAAGGUGCUGGGCAAGGGAAGGCUGCCAGAGAGGCCCAUCAUCGUCAAGGCUCGUUGGGUGUCGGCUCUCGCCGAGAAGAAGAUCAAGGAGGUCGGUGGUGUCGUCAAGCUCGUCGCCUAAGCGAUGACUUAGAUCCUCCCCUUCUCCCUCUUGGUCCGCGGCUCGACGUCUCUUCAUGUACCAUCUCACACACACACACAUUUUAGCACCAUUCCACCUCCUAGCAGAGGAUCCCCG